UCUCUCCAUGACGUGAAUGCAAUAAUUAGAGAGGCUGUAAAUGAUUCUCUGAGUAGUUAAAUUAUUGGGAGGUGAUGCUCGUCAUACACAGAUAUUCAUUAAAAACUAAUUACGGCGCAAUGCCGCCAUACGGAGGUGUCAUUUCGGUCAUUCCAAUGAGUUGAGAGCUCCGUGAGGACCGUCGAUUCCAAUCUCGGUAGUUUUGAGGGGCUCUAAACGUGUCCCUUAUAUUCACGUAUAACGACCUGAUGCUGGUGACGUCACAAGAGACGCAGAAGUGAGUUUCACAACCCCAAAAAAAAAAAAAAAAGCGCCGUGGUGGCACGCGCACAGUGGCUCGCGCACACGCGGCAGUAGCAGCCUCAAAUGAGCAGCUCGCGCUGAAAAGGCUCCCUCGUUUUGACUGGCUGCGCAGGUAAGACCCGCUGGAUUUAGACAGGCCACGUCCAGAAAAUCCAAAAGUAUUCUUAGGCACCGUGUAAUAAAAGAAACUUCUCUUUAUGAUCGGCAGAAAUACGACGAGCAAUGGAUUAUAUUUGAUUUGAGCGCACGCAUGUUUGUCGUGUAAAUAUGUUGGCUUGCCGAAAAGUGGACAUGCAAAACGCGUAAGGAUCUGUAAUUAAACGACCACUGAAGAUAUUUAAUAAGAGGAUACCGGAGCUCUGCUGACAGAACGACUCUGAGGUAUUGCAUGCAGAUACAAGGAGCCUUUGAGCAGCCCUGGAGAACUUGUUAGGCAUACCAAGAAGCUCCACAAGAGGCGAAUCCUUUUUGAGCGAUUUAAUGAGCCUAGCGAGGAAAUAUUUUGUGGAUGACUCUUCUUUAAUAUGCGGGGAUUUAUGUGCAACCUCGUGAGCUUUGAUGAAAGCAAACACGUCUUAAUGCAUAAGGAGAAGACAUGUAGAGACGAAUAGCUCCCCAUUUGUUUCCUGAUUCAGCACCCCUUUUGGAGACAGCGAGAGACGCGGAACCAACCGAAAACAGGAUAAUUUCAGCCUAAAUCAUGAUCGCGCGGAUACUCUACUUUUUCCUUUGGUCUGCGGCAUUUCUACCCGAGCUGCAGUGCGCUUCUCAGAGAACCGCGGACGCGCUCACUACUUUUCCCACGUCCGCGUUCAUCAACGGCACCGACAGAAAGGACUCCAACCAGACCUCCACAUCUCGGAUCAAACGGAAGACGCUCUCGGUGGAUUUCGCCGUCCCGUCGCUGCUACGCUACUACUUGGCUCUGUUUAUCAAACGACCGCUCAACGGAGACUGUCUGUCGUUUAAUGGAUGUUACACGGUGCGCGCGAACUUGCUCAUGCGCUGCGUGCCGCUGCAAAAAACCAUCGCCGGUUUGCUCGAUGCAAAGUUGGCCGCGAUGAACGUCAACAGAUCCAGCACUGGACAGCUCCCGUAUCGACAGAAGCGGCCCGUGCCGAAAGUUUUGAAUUUGGGGUUGACCAGCGCCAGUCGAAAGUCUAAUCAAGUUGUGGUGGAGGUUGGAGAAGAGAUGGUUAAAACGGGAUGCGGAGGGCUGCAUGUGUACGAGGACGCGCCGGUGGUGUUCCUGGAAAUGGACCUAACGCGGAUUUUGGAGUGGUGGCUGGGGGCGGAGGGAGGACGGCUCAGGGUCCGACUUAUGCCCGAGCGGAAAGUGCAGGUCCCGGGGAAAGAGGACAAAUACUCUGCUGCCAUCAGAGCUUCGGACGCUCGACUGUUCAUACAGAUCGCGUCAAGUGAACGUCCCUCAUCCACAAUCUCAAGAAAUCCCACCGUCGCUCCCAAAUACUGGAACUUUUCUUGGAUAGCAGAGGACGAGCUGACUUUCCCUGAGGAUCCUGUAUCAACUUCAGACUGCACUUCAAAGGCAAAGUCAUGUGACCGUAGGCCUGAUGGAUAUUACCCCGAGUUUGCAUGGAGUUUAACAUCAGCGGAGGACUCCUGGGCCAUAGACCAAACAAUGGUAAAGACAAAAGCAAGUUCCCAAGGUUGGGAGGAAGGUCGAUUUCUCACAGUGAAUAGCUCCGCUCUGACAGGGCCAUGGGUCCUGAGCCCUUGGUUCCGCGCUGCUCAUCGGCCCUGUGGUCUGGAUAUCACCGUGUUUUUGCACCCGAGGCAGAGUGGACGCUACACAGUUUGGCUCAUCGAGAGGGACAAGCCACCACUUGCUCUUCUCACCACUGAGCACCCACACGUCAUCGGCUGGGCAGUGGUUCACCUCAGCUUGGCCGCUCGGAGCAAACCCUUCAGGAUUUCCUCAAGCUACAGUCAGCCCGGGGAGAUUGAGACUGCGACCUAUGACCCCCGCUACAGCACCAACUGCACCACACGAAGCUCUCAAAACGUCACUCUUCGGGGCCGCUAUCACUGCCGCGGGGGCCGGGAGAUCAAUGUGAGCCAGCUGUGUGACUUCAGCAUUGACUGCCCGCAAGGGGACGAUGAGGGAGAACAUUGCCGUCAAUUCCUCAAUGGCAGUUAUUGCUCAUUUGGAAGAGAGGAUUGCGGCUGGCAGCCGGUUCAAGGAAGGGGUCCGCAGUGGAGAGCCCAUCCGUCCAUUCCUCAAAGCCUCAGAAGCAGCUGUCCAUCACCAGGGGCCUUGUUGGCCAUCGACAGUCAGCCCAAAGGUCAGCGCGGAUCAGCCCAAGUGCGAAGCCCGCUUUUCUUCUACCCCCUGCGGAACGCUCCUUGCAUGGUUAAGUUCUGGGUCUGCGGCUCUUCAAAUGGUGCGCUGUCACUCUGGAUUACAGAAAACAGCACAGGUCCUGAAGGGCAGCGGAGUCUCUGGAACUCAACAAGUGAAGCUAAUAUGGGGAAAGGCUGGAAACUCAUUACUCUACCACUCUUCGGUUUGGUGGAUCUAUUCUACCUGCAGUUCAGUGCGGAUAUAUCCUCUAGUUCAGGAAUUGCUUUUGCCGUGGACAACUUCACUCUGAGCAUGGAAUGCUUCCUUGAAACCAAUGGAGAAUUUCCUCCGGUGGCUCCCAUAAGCCCCACGCAAGCAUUGUUCACACAGAGCAAUGAGAACAUCAAGACCACUACAACACUCUACGGAGGGCCUGGAGCGUCUACAGAAUCUGUCAAGUGGAUAUUUCACACCUGUGGAGCGACAGGACAAGAUGGCCCAACACCAACCCAGUGCAGUAACUCCUACCGCAACACCAAUGUUAACGUCACAGUAGGCACUAAGGGGCCAUUCAAGGGGAUCCAAAUGUGGCAGGUUCCAGAGACAAGGAAAUACAGGAUCACGGCAUAUGGAGCAGCUGGUGGACGCAGUGUUCUGGCGGUUCACAAGUCACAUGGGGUGUACAUGACCGGAGACUUCCUGUUACAGAAGGACGAGUUGCUCUAUAUUCUUGUGGGACAGGAAGGAGAGGAUGCUUGCCCUAAUAUGGUACCUACUAUGGACCGCAUCUGCAGAGAACAGCAAGGGCCCUCUAUCAAUAAAACCCAGCUCAAGGGAGGUGGUGGUGGUGGAGGGGGAGGCACCUACGUCUUCAAGGUGGUGAAUGGAGUCCACAUUCCACUACUGAUUGCUGCUGGAGGUGGAGGCCGUGGAUACAGCAGCCAAUCAGAAACCCCAGAGGAAGUAAUGGACAGGGAUCCUAGCAUCCCUGGCCGCAAUGGAAAAUCAGGAACUGCAGGGGGUGGUGGAGGUUGGAAUGACAGUGCACCUGUUCCUCAAGGUGGCAGACCACUUAUUUUGGGAGGUCAAGGUGGGGAACCCUGUCAAGCAAUGGGAUGGAAAACACGUGGAGGUUUCGGAGGUGGUGGAGGAGCCUGCACAGCUGGUGGAGGAGGUGGAGGAUACAGAGGGGGCAGUGCGUGGCACGAUAAUGAUCCCAGAAAGGAUGGAGAUGAUGGAACGUCGUACAUAAGUCCAGAUGGCGAGAUGUACCUUGAACCACUCAAAGGCAUGGAAGGCAACGGUGAAGUUAUUAUCAACCCAGUGCAGAACUGCAGUCACUGUGAGUCAGGAGAUUGCCACGAGACCUCUGAGGGCAUGGUGUGUUACUGUGAUGAAGAGCUCACGCUGGCCCCAGACGGAGUGUCCUGCAUCAACUCCACCGAGUUGCCUCUGCUGCCGGCACAGCCGUCUUUGUCUCAUCUGGCACUGGGUCUCUCUGUAGGGACCUCUGCGCUCAUCGCUGCCUUGCUAUUGGCCGUUUCUGGUGUUAUGAUCAUGUACAGACGUAAACACACCGAGCUCCAGUCGAUUCAGUUGGAGCUUCAGAGUCCUGACUGUAAGUUGAGCAAACUGAGAGCCUCCACCAUCAUGACCGACUACAAUCCCAACUACUGCUUUGGUGGAAAAACAGCCUCUGUCAAUGAUCUGAAAGAGGUCCCGCGACGUAACAUAUCUCUUACCAGAGGAUUGGGGCAUGGGGCAUUUGGGGAGGUCUAUGAAGGACUGGCUGUUGGGAUACCAGGAGAACCCAGUCCCAUGCAGGUUGCUGUAAAGACCCUUCCUGAGGUGUGCUCUGAGCAGGACGAACUGGACUUUUUGAUGGAAGCUCUAAUAAUCAGCAAGUUCAGUCACCAAAACAUUGUGCGAUGCAUUGGUGUAAGUCUCCAGGCUCUGCCUCACUUCAUUCUGCUGGAACUGAUGGCCGGAGGGGAUCUGAAGAGCUUCCUGAGGGAAACUAGACCCAGACUUGAACACCCUUCCAGUCUAACUAUGGUAGAUCUUCUCAACAUAGCCAGAGACAUUGCCCGCGGCUGCCAGUACCUAGAAGAAAACCAGUUCAUCCACAGGGAUAUUGCCGCCAGGAAUUGUCUGCUUACCUGCAAAGGUCCAGGGAGAGUGGCUAAGAUUGGUGACUUUGGCAUGGCCAGAGACAUCUACAGAGCCAGCUAUUACAGGAAAGGAGGCCGCGCUAUGCUGCCAGUCAAAUGGAUGCCUCCUGAGGCCUUCAUGGAAGGAAUCUUUACCUCAAAGACAGAUACAUGGUCAUUUGGAGUUUUGCUGUGGGAGAUCUUCUCACUCGGCUAUAUGCCGUACCCAAGCCGCAGUAACCAAGAGGUAUUGGAGUUUGUUACUAAUGGAGGCCGGAUGGACCCACCCAAGAACUGCCCUGGGCCAGUGUACCGCAUAAUGACACAGAGCUGGCAGCAUCAACCAGAGGACCGACCAAAUUUCUCUACUAUUCUGGAGAGGAUUGACUAUUGUCUGCAGGACCCUGAUGUGGUAAACGUGCCUUUGCCUGUUGAAUAUGGCCCAAUCCCUGAGGAAGAGGAGAGGGUACCUAUGCGCCCUGAGGACCCUUCUGCCCCAUCCUUGCUUGUGUCCCCCCAGGGCACAGAGGAUGUUCCAUCUGCCACCCACUCCGCUCAAUCGAAAAAAGAUGGAGAGGCCAUUCAUAUGGCCAACCUCUCCACUGACAGCAAACUACCACCUGUCCCACCAUCUCAGCCUCACCCUCAUCACCAUCUUCAAACCCCGGUAGUCACUGCUCCUGUACCAGCCUCUAAGCCUUCAUCUACAACAUCAAAUGCCCAGGAUGGAGGGCAUGUGAAUUUGGGCUUCAUGCAGGCCCACUCAUCAGAAAAGGAAAGCCGCAACAGGAAGCCCACCAACUUGUGGAACCCCACCUAUGGCUCGUGGUUUCUACAGCAGCAACAGAAAAGGCAGCAAGUACAGGCACAAAGGCAGACAAGCGGUCCAAGGAUCCCUGGUGAAGGACAGGAACAAGUAGGCCGGACUGUGACAGUAGCUGAAGCUCUAGGCCUGCAGCAACAGCACAAACAACAGCAGUACCAACAGCAGCUCCAGCGUCAACAGCAGCAGCAGCAGCAGCAGCAGCAACAACAAGGCCUGUGUCGACCACUUUUGCCUCCACCUCCUCCACCUGCCCCUACCCCUUUACUCUUGGAUUCAGCUACCCUAGCACCAGUUCCACUCUACAGACUACGCCGCUUCCCUUGUGGGAACAUCGGGUAUGGCUACCAGGAGCAAGGCCUGCCCAUGGAGCCAAUGCAAGGGCCACAGCUUCCCCCGCCUCAUCCUGGCCAACAGAGGCCCAUCUCUUUGACCCGAGCAAGUGGUCCUGAGGACAGUCGCCCGCUUUUGGUCACCAUGGGAACAGUGCAGGACUCCAGACUCCCGAAAAUGGAAGGGCACAACGCCACUGUGCUGUAACCAUGUACAUUCUCUAUCAGCGCUCACUUUUGCAAAACACUGUGCUAUCCAUUUAUGUCCACCUUUGCCAAGCCCCUUUGCGCUUUUCCUUUGUGCUUUUUCCAAAAAUGGAACUCGAUCCAUUCUGCGCUUGAAACUCUGAAAACCUUGAACGCAUCAGUCAUUCAAAUAAAAUGAUUUUCAUUUGGAUAAAGUAAUGAAAUUGAGUUUCUGAAAGCCACAUUUGAGAGACCAAAAAAUAAAUACAUUUAAAAAUAUAAUAAACUGAUAAAGCCCUCACAAGGACUAAUUCUGUGAAAAAAAGACUAUUAUAUCGAUGAUAUUUUUCCAUGAUGGGGGAGGAAAAAAAAUUUAAACGGGUUUGUUGAUGUUUGCUUGCCUGCUUGUUUAUUUAUUCAUUUGUUAAUUUAUUAUUUGGAGGUCAUGUAAAUUAUUAAUGGGUGUGCUUGAGAAAGCAAACUGCCCCCAUUCAUUAUGUAUCAUUUUGUUCACUCUUGGACUUGGUUGGCUUUUAAAUGCAGCAGUUUUCAUCUAUCGUCAAACAUAAUGAAUAGCAGAAAUCUCUAAUGACUUGUGUGUGCACUUAUUCUUGGGUGUGUGAAACUGGUGAGUGUUGGUAGCUUUUUUUUCAACAAGAUAGCCUGUUGUUAUGGUGUUGGAAUAGAAGCCUGAAGCGAUUGGUCAGACACCAGUGAGUGAAGGCUCUUUCACAGGACUCAUGUCAGAAACCUCAACAAUAAAUUCUAGGUCAUUUAACCAUAUUGAAAUCACAGAAAAUUUGUUAAUUGAGAUCCAUUCAGAAAAGCCCCUUCAGAUACUUUAAAGCAGGGGUCACCAAUCUCGUUCUUGGAGGUCCGGUGCCAUGCAGGGUUUAACUAGAACUUGCCUCAACACACCUGCCUGGGUGUUUCAAGUAUACCUAGUAAGACCUUGAUUAGCUUGUUCAGGUGUGUUUGAUUAGGGUUGGAGCUAAAAUCUGCAG